GCAAUCAUAGAGCUGAUGGGUGAAGAAAUCAAGAAGGAAGGAGAAGAUCAAAAGAAGGAAGAAACCAAACAAGAACAGGAGGAACCAACUGAAUCAGCUGCAGCAGCAACAGAAGAAGAAAAGAAACAAGACAGUAAGAAGAAUGAAGAGGAGUCACCCUCAGAGAUUGUUCUUAAAGUGGAUAUGCAUUGUGAAGCCUGUGCUAGAAAAGUCGCCCGAGCCCUCAGAGGGUUCCAGGGAGUGGAGACUGUGACAACGGAUAGCAGAGCAGGGAAGGUGGUGGUGAAAGGGAAAGAGGUAGAUCCUUUGAAAGUGUGUGAGAGAUUACAGAAGAAAAGUGGGAGAAAAGUGGAGCUAAUCUCGCCAUUGCCUAAGCCUCCUGAACAACAACCUAAAGAAGAUGAGAAACAGCCAAAGGAGGAGAAAAAGGAGGAGGCCACCCCCCCACCUCCAGCAGUGGUAACAGUGGUACUGCAAGUCCAGAUGCAUUGUGAGGCUUGUGCUCAAGGUUUAAGGAAGCGGAUCAGGAAGAUCAAAGGUGUAGAGUCCGUGGAAACAGAACCGUCCAACAAUAGGGUGAUCGUAAAAGGGGUUAUGGAUGCUACGACGCUGGUCAACGAGGUCUCGAAGAGAACCAGAAAGCCAGCUUCCAUAGUAGUGAAGGAAGAAGAAAAGAAGGAAGAGGAGAAGAAGGAAGUGGAAAAACCAGCAGCUGAAGAGAAACCAGAGGAGAAGAAAGAGACACAGGAAGAAGAUGAUAAGAAGUUUGAUAUCAAAAGGUUUGAGCAUUGGCCAACCAAACACUACACUGAGUACGCAUAUUAUUACCCUGAACGGAUUUUCAGCGAUGAGAACCCCAAUGGCUGUUCAAUAAUGUAGUAUCUCACUGCACUUCCAUUUUGUAGUUUGGCUGAAUUUGCCGUUUUGUAUCUUCUGAGAUACUUGUAUCCGUGUUAAUGUAUGUGAUGUUAAUGGCUAAUGGUAAUCUCUCCAAUGGUUUCACAUUUUCAA